AAUGUGUGCUACUGGUAUUUCACGAUGCAGUUUUGACCAAUCCUUCUGCAACUGGAUUAAAGAUUCUUCAACUGCUGGAAUAUGGCAACUAAGAGGGCCUUUCCCAACUCUUGACCAAGGUCCAACACGUGAUCACACCUCUGGCUUUAGUAAUGGAAAAUUCUUGUUCUUAGCUGGAAGACAAAAUCCUCCAGCAGCACGACUGCUUGGUCCCUUGCUGCAACCAGCUACAGAUUGCCAAAUUCGACUUUACUACGAUAUUAGAGGUGCUGGAGAUUUCUAUCUUCGUAUCAAAACUAAAACUGCAUCAAAUGGAGAAGAAACAGUUGUUUGGAGCAGAGAAGAUCCAACCGAAGGGUAUUUUUUCAUUGAAGAUGGGUUUACAUUUAACGAAACCAAACCUUUCCAAGUAAUCAUAGAAGCUGCAAUGGAUGUAGGAAAAGGUAGAGUUAACUACAUAGCUUUGGAUGACAUAUCUUUCAACUACAAAUGUGUUCCACAAAUCAAUCCUCUUCCAACUGUACCACCUGAAGUGUCAACAUCGACCCCAAUUAAAAAAUGUAAAUUUGGUGAAUUUUCUUGCACCACUCUGGGACAAUGUAUUAACAUGAGCCAAAAAUGUGAUUUCAGAAAAGAUUGUGCAGAUGGUUCAGAUGAAGAUUUCUGUGGUGCUUGUGAUUUCCACGAUGGUAUGUGUGGUUUGGUAAAUGUAAACUCUUGGAGCAGAUAUAAAUGGUCGAGACAAAGUGCAGAAGCAUUUGCAGAUUCACAAAACUCAUCAGCACCAACGACUGACAGUUAUGGAAAUAAAGAAGGUUAUUUUGCUGCUCUGACUGGCAAACAAUUCAAUCUAUAUGGAGGUGCUGCUGUUAUGAGGACACCUGUUAUGGGACAAAUGGCAUAUUCCUGCAGAAUAGAAUUUUUCUAUCAUUUUAACAUAAGAUCAGGAUCUCUUUCAGUUUUUGUUAGAAAAGGUACAUAUGGGCAGAGAGACCUACGCUUUAAAGUGACGUCAAAUACAGGCAAAGACUGGCAAUUCGCUUCAGUACCCUUGGGAAAUUAUCAGCGUGGCACAUUUAUCGAAUUUGAAGGCAACUCUUAUUAUACAGUCAUAGCAGGAAAAGCUCAAGAUAUUGCUAUUGAUUUCAUCAAUUUCGUAAAUUGUGAUCCAACAGCUGUCAUACCUACGUCAUCAAUCAGCUGUACAUUUGAUUAUGAUCAAUGUGAAUGGCACCCCGAUAAUGAUGUGAAGAGUGCUCAGUGGACAAGAGAUAAGAAGACACCUCAAAACAGUGGACCACAAAGUGACCAUACCGGCAGAAAUGGCUAUUUCAUGUAUGUAAGAGCCUCAACAAUUUUGAAGAAGGGUGACAAAGCACACAUGGUGAGUAUGAAGCAGGAGCCUACAGAGCAGCGAUGCUUCAGUUUCUGGUACCACAUGUACGGACAGGACGUUGGAACAUUGAACGUCAUCGUUAGAAAUGAUGCUGGUGACACUACCAUUUGGAGUAAGACUGAUUCUCAAGGAUAUGCAUGGAAACAAGGAAUGAGAACAAUCAGAAGCAACUCAUCCUAUUUUGUCGUCAUGGAAGGUAUCGUUGGCAGCUUUGCAAGGCCUGUCAUUGCUAUUGACGACAUUGAGGUAACUGAAGAAGAAUGCCCACACCCAGUUGCCUGUGAAUUUGAGGUUGAUUUUUGUGAAUGGGAUGCCGUAGGAUGGGUACUCCAAAGAGCUCAAGGAAAUAUUCCAUCAAAAGAUCAUACAACAGACACAAAAGAAGGACGUUAUGCGGCACUUAUAGAAGAAACAGGAAAGAUUACGAGUCCAGAAUACAACUACACCCAGAGUGAGUAUUGUCUUAAUUUCUGGUACUUCUUGGAGGGAGGCCGUGACACUUUCCUGCGAGUGCAAAGGGAAGAAGAACCACCAAUUGGAAAACCAGUGAAUAUUUGGUCAGAAUUCGCAGAACCAGACACGAAAGGAAUAUGGAGGCACGCAAGAGCAAAUGUUGCUGACCUAAACAAAGGAGACUAUAAUGUUGUAUUUUACGCUGAGAAAAAAACUGGAACAUACGUCGCUCUUGAUGACAUGGCUAUUGAAAAGGAAGCUUGCCCACACUAUGGAAAUUGCGAUUUUGAAAGAGAUUUCUGCACAUGGAUGAAUAUGCCCAAACCUAUCAGCUCUGGUGCAAAAUGGAUAAGACACUCAGGGAAGAUUGUUAACAGUUACACUGGUCCUUCAAUCGAUCACACUACAGGAACAUCAGACGGUUUUUACAUUUACCUCGAUGGACAGUAUGGUAGUCCUAGCAACUUAGCAGUACUUGAAAGUGAAAACUUACACUACAGUCCAAGUGCUUGUUUCAGAUUAUGGUACUUCAUAAACAGCGGUUCAAGUUCGGUGGAAAUAUCUUAUGUUGACCAUAACACUUCUAAAAUCUAUUCUGUAAUGAGAAUUAGUGGAUAUCAAGGAUCCAAAUGGUAUCCAGUGAAAAGACUAGUUCAACAGCUACCCCCAGUUUACAGGGUGAGAUUGACAGGACGAAAUGGAUGGUCGAGCUACGUGGCAGUAGAUGACAUCUCUUUCCAACCAGAUACUUGCGACGAACCUACAAUUACAACACCUGGACCUACAGAAUUCCCGCCAACGGAUUGGGACUGUGACUUUGAAAAAGGAGAUUUUUGUGGCUGGGAGCAGGGAAAAUCUUGGACAGUGCAGGAUGGGAGAAGAGCAGUUGAAAAAUCACAAGGACCUUUUGCUGAUCAUACUAAAGGCAAUGCUUUAGGUCGAUAUGCUUAUUAUAAUCCCUCUGAAAAUUCUGGAAAUGAGUUGAUGAGCCCAGAAAUCGAUACAGAAAGUAGCAACUAUUGUUUUAGAUUUUGGUAUUACAUGCACAGCACUGCUCCAAUAUCACUUGAAUUAUAUGUUUUGCAAUAUAAUAACUUAGCGGGUCCUUUAUGGGUUAAAAAAACCAGCGCCGGAACAAAGUGGAAAUAUGGAACUUACUAUUUGGAAAAAUCGAUCAAUAUGUCGAUCGCUCUCAAAGGAUCUCGUACUAAACCUGGAAUUGGAGACAUUGCUGUAGACGACAUUUCAUUCAAUAGAGGACAAUGUCCAAUAGUCAAGGGACAACCAUGUGAAUUUGAGUCUUCUGAUAUAUGUGGAUUUAAAACGAGUACGACUGAUGGUAUUUUGUGGCAACGAGUACAAGCUAAGAGUAUCAAAGGAUUUGGGCCUAAAGUUGACAAAAGUUACGGAACAAAUGAAGGUCAUUUUAUGAUGAUAAGACCUUCACCAAAUGGAAGAGUAGCGGGUGAUAACAAAGCUUUGUUGAUUAUGCCAAAUGUGCCAGCUUCUGGAAUUUCCAGAAGUUGCGUCCAAUUCUGGUACCAAAUGGCUGGUGAAAACGUCAUAGCUCUUCAACUGUAUAUGAGGACAGUAGAUGGCGCUCUUCCACAGUUCUCUCUGUGGUCACACGGUAGCAAGCAUGGAAACGACACUUGGAGAGUGGGACAAAGAACAAUUGAUGCACCCUAUGUUCACGAAAUUGUGUUCGAGGCUGUGAUGGAACGAGGUAGCGAUGGGUUUAUUGCUCUUGACGAUAUCGUUGUAAAAGAUGGUCAAUGUCCACCUCCCGGCUCAUGUAAUUUCGAAGCAGAUUUAUGCACGUGGCAAAAUGCUGACUCUGGUGUGGAUGUGGAAUGGGUAAGGAAUACUGGGUCAACCCCAACACAAGGAACCGGACCCGAUAAGGAUCAUACUAUUGNUAUAUAUAUAUUAUUUUAUUUUUAUUAUUUUUCAGGAUCUUACAUAUAUCUGCAAGGCAGUAAUCCGGAAAAGAAGAGAAACCUCGUUGGUAUUCUUCAGUCAGAAUUCUUCAGCUUAUCAACACAAAGAUGUCUAACCUUCUGGGCACACAUGAGUGGAAAAGAAAUGGGAACUUUAAAGGUGAACUUAUUAUAUUAUAACGGGGAUCAGAUAGUGAGCUUGGACAAGGAAACCUGGAACAUCACGGGAGAUCAGGGCAGCAAGUGGUUCAGUCGACAAAUAACUAUCGACAUCGACGGUCUCAUAAUGCAUGAUGAGUACCAGAUUCAGUUCACUGGCAUAACUAAGGGUGAUUUGAGUGAUAUAGCUCUUGAUGACAUUGAAGUUAGCAGUGGAAAGUGCUACGACGUGCCGGAUGAUGCAUUCGACUGUAGAGAUGGGUCACAUGUUAACGCCAGUCGAGUAUGUGACUUUGAGAAAGACUGUCCAGGAGGCGACGAUGAAGCGAACUGCGGUGCUUGUGACUUUGAACAGGGUGCUUGUGGAUGGGUUGACAAAAGCGCUAGUUCGUACCAAAAGUGGGACAGAGUUCCUGGUCAGAAUGAUACGAAGAAAUUUGGUCUUGGAUACGAUCACACAUUUAGAUCACCUACAAGUUACUUUAUGAUUGCUGAAAAUAAUUAUUAUUACACAUGGCAAGUUCCUAUUUUGCAGAGUGCAAGUGGUCAGUUCCAGUUCAAAAGAUCGUAUGCUUCAUGUUCAAUGAUAUUUUAUUAUGCUUUUAAAGAAAAUUCAAACGCAUAUUUACGAGUUAGGAAAAGAUUCGGCGUUUAUACCGUUGGCACUAUUUGGGAACGUUAUGGCUACUUGAAUGAGGGAUGGCAGAAAGGAACUGCCUAUUUGGGAACAACAGAAAGACCUUUCAAUCUUGAGUUUACUGUAGAAGUUUCUUAUCAGUCAACAUACGUCGUGAUUGAUGACAUAAUAUUUGAAAACUGUAACAUGCCAGAAAAGAGAGAUACAUGCAGCUUUAGAGAUUUCAGGUGCGCAAAUAACAGAUGUGUUUCUAAGUAUUACUUAUGUGACUUAUCAGAUGAUUGUGGCGAUGGAUCUGAUGAGGCUCCUUCCAUCUGUUCCAAGUAUCCCAAGCCAUGUACGUUUGAAACUUCUGGAGACUGUGAGUGGACCGUGAAAGGAAAAGCUACGAACUACUGGCAAGUGUGGAGUGCAUUAUCAUCUAGAUCACAAUCCAAUUCUGGACCUUUAGUUGAUCACACCAAGGGAGCGGGAAAUGCUGGAAGAUAUUUAAGUUUGAGGCGAUAUUACGAUGAGAGGAAAGACAACCAAUCUUACUAUCACAGUCCGAACUACAUACGAAAGAACGGCGCGGCAGAUUGUUCGCUCAGAUUCUACUAUUAUUUGCAUGGUUCCGAUAAUGCCUACAUAAGGGUUUACACAGAGACAGAAAAGGACGGUUGGAACUGGGUACGAAGAUUUGCCAUAUAUGGAAGUAUAGGACAAAUGUGGAACCGUGCAAUUGUAACUGUAUGGAGCCAACAAGCAUUUCAUUUCAUAAUUGAAGGUAAUCCUGGCUACAACAGAUCUGAUCGCAUUGGAAUUGAUGACAUUUCAUUUACUGAUGGAUGCGAGAAAUAUUUACAGGACCUGCCAACACCUGUACCAACUCCUUUACCAACAAGAUCUCCUUGUACUAACGCUCAAUUCAAAUGUAUUGCUGGCCAACCUUUGUGUAUUCCAAAAGCGAAAGUUUGCGAUUUUUCACUUGAUUGUUCUGAUGGUUCUGACGAGAAAAAUUGUGGCCCGUGUGACUUUGAAGAAGAUAUGUGCGGUUGGAGAGAUCAGAGUCCUGGUAAAUAUGACUGGAAGCGCAAAAAUGCAUCUGAAACUGAUAAUUUCGGACCACCAACGGAUAGCAGAAACUCUUCAGUAGGAUUUUAUGCUUAUAUCAAGGAAUCGUCAGGGUUUUAUGCUACAAACGCUUUGUUAGUAAGUCCAAACCUUCCUCCAACAUCAUCACAUUGUGUUAUGGCUUUUUGGUUAUAUGUAACACGUAGUUCAGCUGGAUCUUUUUAUGUACAACACAGUUCACCUUCAUAUUAUUACAGAUUUGAUACAAUCUGGACCCUUCCAUCUUCAUUUGAAUCAAACUGGCAACGCAUUGAGGUAAAAAUACCAAUGGCAACAAAUAAAGGUUCGAAGGUUAGGUUCAACAGCUUUCCAAGUUGGAAUUACCUUACAAAGGAGAAAAAUGUUGCAAUUGAUGACAUCAAUUUCUUAAACUGUAACCCUAAAGACCUUUUAGUUGAUUGUGAUUUUGAUGACGACAGUUUUAACGGUGGACUUUGUCAUUGGACAGAAUCUAGUAAUAACUGGAUUGGCUUAAAAUGGAAGCGUGGUAAAGGAUCGACGGAACGAAAUUUUACUGGUCCCACAUCUGACCACACAACAGGUAAGGGCUAUUACAUGUAUCUUGAUGCAGACGGAAGUAGUCCAUAUUAUACUGCUCGCCUUAACAGUCCGACUCUACCGAUGAAUCAGCCUGAUGGAAACUGUUUCUCAUUUUGGUAUCAUAUGUAUGGUGCUCAUGUUGGAAGUCUCCGUGUACAUGCCAGGCGUGGUUACUUUUACCGAGAUCAUUUAAUCAUUUCAAGAUCUCAGGGAAACAAAUGGUAUUUUUCAGAAGUCUUUAUAUCAUCUGCCAUGGAUCACAUGAUCAGCAUUUUUGGAACGACUAAUUGGGGAAAGGAACAUAAUAUUGCAAUUGAUGAUAUCAAAAUGACUGAUGGUCCUUGUCAUGGAACUCGUAAAUGUAGUUUUGAAGAGGACUUGUGUGGUUGGAAUUCGACUUAUGAAGGGCUCAGCGGAUGGAAUAGAGUACAAGGCAGCGGAAAUUGGAGUGAUGAAAGACCAAGCGUAGAUCACACAACGAAUUCAGAAUUCGGACAUUUUGUUGUUCUACCAUACAAAAGACGAGGUGACUUAGCCAGGUUAGAAAGUCCACUUUAUAAAAACUAUGGAGAGGUGUGUGUGAAAUUUUGGUACAAUAUGUUUGGAAAUGACAUUGGUACGCUGGCAGUUUAUCAGAGAACAAUGCAAGAAGGCCGACUAGAAAAUCUUAAACACUUAUGGAAAAGAUCUGGAGAUCAUGUGGGUGUGUGGAAAUUAGGACGCGCCACUAUGAGCUCAUUACCUAGCUUUUACAUCGCAUUUGAGGCUCAAACUGGAGCGGGACCCAUUGGAUAUAUAGCUCUAGAUGACAUAGAAAUUACUCAUGGAAAGUGUUCUGAUCCUGCUUCGUGUACUUUCGAAAUUGACACUUGUGGAUGGAGUAACUCUGCCGCUCAUUCAGAUUUUGAUUGGUUUAGGAGAGCUGGAUCGGACAAUAAUGCGGGAGAUGGUCCUGCAGGUGAUCAAACUACUGGAACUAUCCAAGGUCAUUACAUGUAUGCUCUUUUAUCAGGAUCUAAAGAAGAUGCAAAAUCCACACUUUUGAGUGAAGACCUAGAAAUCUAUCCAAAUUACUGUUUAACCUUCUGGUUCAAUAUGUACAAUGCAGUUAAUAUUUCUUUGCUGGUUGAACAAGAACAAGUAGGCAUGGAAUGGGAAGUUAUAGAAGAAAUUAAAUCUGAUUUUGCUUUAUCUGGGGUCUGGAUAAAAAUAGAAAACAAUAUUACCACAACACCUGCAGGUGAUUUCUUCCAACUCGGAAUUACAGCACUAGCACUCAGUUCACUAGACAAUGACACUUAUCGUGGCAUAGCUGUCGAUGAUUUAUCUUUGACAAAAUCCUAUUGUGGAGGCGAAACUAUAUCCACUGUACCACCAAUCAUCACUACCACAGCUUACCCACCAUCAAAAUUUGAUUGUACAUUUGAAAAUGACCUUUGUUUAUGGGAAAAUGAUCCCGAAUUAAAACAAACAAAAUGGGACAGAGUAUCAGGCCAUUCAAAUAAGAAACUAACACGCCCACGCACAGAUCAUUCCUCACUCUCUUCCCAAGGUUACUAUUUGACUUUGAGUGAUUCUGCUAAAAAUGACUAUUUUGCCAGAGCAAAACUUUUGACUAUGGAUGGUAUAGAUUCUUCGGUAGACGGAGUCUGCUUUAAAUUCUGGUAUCACAUGUAUGGCAAUAACCCAGGAGCGUUGUAUUUAAAAGCCCAAAACUUCCAUGACAAUGACAAGACUGAAACGCUUUGGACAAGAUCUAAAUCACAAGGACCAAAUUGGAAAUAUGAUCAAGUUUUUAUUAAGAAAGACUAUGCAUUCAAGAUUUUAUUCGAAGGAGAUGGUACGCGAUAUGGAGACAUAUCUCUAGAUGACUUUUCGCUGAACACCAAAUCUUGCCCACCUAGAGACUUUUGCGAUGUUGAGCAAGAUUUCUGCGAAUUCAGUCUCGAUCCUGAAAGUGACUUUGAUUGGAAAAGAGGAGCUGCUUACCAAACAAGAGGUGGACCCGACGUGGAUCACACUUUAGGCACAAGAUAUGGAUAUUAUUUUUACGUGGAUAAAAAUGAAAAAGUUUCUUUGGGACAAGUAGCCAAACUAGACACCAAUGAUGUUCAACCAGACAAGCAAUGCAUACAGUUUUGGUACUAUCUGUAUGGAAACGAUGUUGGAACACUUGAAGUUCUUGUUAAAAAUGGAGACACCACGGAAUCUAAAUGGAAAGAAACUGGGGAUAGCAGUGAAUUCUGGCACGGAUCGCAAGUAGUGUUAGACAAAAAAUUUGCCACAGCUUACAGUUACAUCUUCCAGGUAACUGCUGGUUUAGGAUACGUAAACGGUACUAUCGCCCUUGAUGACAUAGCAAUAAAAAGGGAAUGUCCACCUCUAGGGUCCUGCAACUUCGAAGACGGGAUGUGUUUGUGGACCAAUGACCCCACAGCUGACCUCCAAUGGGUGAGAGGCACAGGUGAAAUGACAGAUGUAGCACCAGAAAACGACACAACACUUGGAAAUCAAUUUGGUACCUACUUAUACGCACAUGUUAUAUAUAGUUGGAAGUCCAACCCGACACCAGCCAGGCUGCUGUCCCCUUACUUCCCCACAACUCAAAGAAGAUGUGUCAAUUACUGGAAUUUCAGAAACGGGACAGACUUUGACGGUGCGCUGACAGUAUCGGUAUAUAUGGACACUGUAGAUGAGGUGACUGAAAUGCAGCAUUUGACGCGAGAGAAAUUGGGACGAUGGAAUAAUGAACAGGUGCAAGUCUCGCCUGACGACACGGAUAAAGAUGGAAAAUAUCAAAUACUUUUUGAAGCUCAAUUGACUAACUCAGUGAAUAACUUUAUUGCUCUUGACGACAUAAAUGUUUACGAGGGUGACUGUAUACCUAUAGAGGAUAGAAAACCAGACUUUACUUGUGACGAAGGCUCAACUCACAUUUCUGAUGACUACCGGUGUGACUUUUAUGAAGAUUGCAAAGACGGUGCCGACGAAAAAUCUUGCGGUACUCACUGUGAUUUUGAAACUGAGGAACCUAACCCUUGCAACUGGGAGACAAGUACGAACAAGGCUUAUUGGAACCGAACACUGGCUGAUGGAAAAGAUUAUCCCAAAAUGGAUCACACUAAACAAGAUCCUGGUAAAGGUUACUACAUGAAGGUUACUUUGGAUCGUUUCACAUACAGAGGAAGGGCUGAUUUCAAAAGUCCAGCUCUAAUGCAAUCUGCGGCAACAUGUCGCAUGUUUUUCUGGCAUUAUUUCUCCGCCUUGUAUGACAAUGAAGCUCUUUCUGUAUAUUAUGAAUCUGGCCAUGUAAGUAAAAUAACAGAGCUUUUCCGCCUGCAAGGGGACAAGCAAAAAUCAUGGAUGAGAGGUGAAGUGAUUGUGGGCCGAAUAGCACACAGAUUCCGAAUCGGCAUCGCUGGAGAAAAGAACGCGGCAACGUCUGUCUUUGCAAUUGAUGAUAUAGAUUUUGAAAACUGUGACAUACCAAGACCUCUUUUAGAGCCUAAGAAAUGUAAAGACAAGGAAUAUCAGUGCGCAAACGGAAACUGUAUAUCAGGCAUGCUCUUGUGUGACUUUGUGGAUGAUUGUGGUGAUUAUUCAGACGAAAACAGGCUCUUGGCAAAAUGCGAUCAAUACCACGGUCGGUGUGAUUUUGAAGGUGGUAACUUCUGUGGAUGGAAAAGAGCACCAGAAUCUGAUUUUACGUGGUCUAUAUUGGCAUACUCUAAUUCUUAUUGGAAUAAAGCACUCGCACCUAGGGACCAUACCAAAAAUUCUGCCACUGGAAAAUAUUUGUAUUUCAGCAACUCUUACCGUUAUAGAGGUCAAGUUGCUCGAUUAGCAUCAAAAGUAUUGGAAAGUACUGGUGAGGACUGCAACAUACGGUUUUUCUACACUUAUGGAACUGUGUUUAAUUCAACGAAGUACGAUGAAACGAAAGACAUUGGAACUUUGGUAAUUUACGUAAGACGAGACGAAAUAAGUCCAUGGAAACCUAUCUUUACCACGCGAGAACCACCUGGUCAGUAUUGGGAAAAAGUUGUUUUGCCCCUUGGCCAUAUUAAAGAUCCUUUCGAAAUUAUUAUUGAAAGCCGUAUAGGUGGUACUUCUAAAGAUGGAGGAUGGGCUGUCGAUGAUGUGUCAUUCACACCUGGAUGCUUGAUCUCUAACGAAACCCUUCCCUUGUCGAUCCUUGAACCAACAGACCCACCAGUGACAGAAUGCAAGGAAAAUGAAUUUCUGUGUUACAAAGACAAAACAGAAAAAACGUGCAUAAGCACUGAACAGGUGUGUGAUUUCGUACAAGACUGCUAUAACCUCGAAGAUGAAGAUAAAUGUGGAACAUGUACAUUUGAUGAUGAUCGUAAUCCGACAUGUGGCUGGUUCGAUGUUGUUGGGAAUCGAUGGCAAAGAGGUAAAGGUGCUCAAGGAUCAAAUGGCUUGACAGGUGAUCUUUCAGGUAAUGGUUAUUAUAUGUAUGUAAACAAAGAAAGUAGCGGAUCAAUUACUAGUCAGGCGAGGUUCAGAUCUGUCGACUUGAAAUACGCAGCAGCUUCAUGUGAAAUAAGUUUCUAUUACUUUAUGUCUGGCAUCAAUUCUAAUGAUGCUUCUCUGAAGCUACAGUUACAGGAUAGAGAUAGAAACGAUGUACUGCUAUGGCGUGAACUUUCAGAUCAGGGGAAACACUGGAAUAACGCAACUGUAAGCAUUGGUAGACGUCUGUCUGGCUGGCAUUUGGAUUUCAUUGCAACGCAUAUUCUUAGCGCAGGUGACAUUGCCAUUGACGAAAUAGACUUUUUACGGUGUGCGCCGCCAGAGAAACGGACAUGUUUUGACAAAAAUGAAUUUGCUUGUUACAGUGGUGAGUGUAUUAAUGGUUCAUUGGCUUGUGAUUUUAGUCUUGACUGCCCAGAUGGUUCGGAUGAAUGGAACUGCACAGAUUACUUAGAAAAUUGUGAUUUUGAGGAUGGCUUUUGCAACUGGGUGCAAGAACCUAACUCUUCUCCGAAGUGGAACAGGACAUCGGGUAAGAAAUUGCCUGAGGGCUUCACUCCGGAUAGAGAUCAUACACUUGAUGAUGAAACUGGACAUUUUCUAAUGGUUAAAAAAUCUGACUACUAUUAUUGGAAUGAUGCUAAAAUUAAAAGUACGGUAUUUAUCGCUGACAUCUCUGGAAAUUGUAAAUUAAGGUUUUGGUAUCAUCUUUAUCUUCCAUAUACAAGUAAAAUAACCGUAAGUUUGAUGUAUCAGGACGACAAUAGACCCCGACAACUAGCUAAUUUCAUGGGUUCUAAUGGAGAUGAAUGGCAGAGAGGAGAAGUAGUUUUGAAGAGUCAAUUUAAUUUCCAUGCUAUAAUAGGUGGCACGCCAGCAUCAGGGGAUAAAGGUAAUGUUGCAAUUGAUGACAUAUCGUUCACUCUAACAUGUGUUCCACUUUAUACCGAAGUGACGACUCCGGUACCCACUAUACAACCAAAGGGUGUAUGUGACACAAAGGGCGAGUUUGCAUGCGAAGAUAAUGCCUGCAUACCAAUGGAUUCUGUAUGCGAUUUCAAAACAGACUGCCUGUAUGGACUUGAUGAGAAAGAUUGUCCUGCUUUCUGCGAUUUCGAACUGGGAUCCACUUGUGGUUGGAAGGUUAUAACUCAAGAAGGUGAUGGUAUAGAAGUAAAUGUGACAAUCGCUUCUGAAGCGAAAAAGGUUGUAUUUGGUGCACCACAAGAAGAUAAAACAACUGGCAAAGGUGAAGGUUCUUACCUACUAAUCCAUAGUUCAUUUGAUUCUCAAACCAGCCCCCUGGACGAUUAUAAAAGUCCCACCUUCCAUAAUUCUGCAACAACAUGUAAAUUUUCCUUCUGGAUUGUUAGCCGAAGUUUUUGGAUGAAUCCUAAACUUACUUUAACCACAGAUAAAGAAUCAAUUGAUAUGGCCACACUAAAAUCUUUUGGUCAAUACGCCUGGACAAGAGUAGAAACUGGCAUAGGUCGACAAAAAAGCAACUUCACAAUUAACUUCAAUAAAAAAGGUGGCAUAAAGCAGUGGGAUUUCAUUGCAAUUGACGACAUAGAGUUUAUAAACUGUGCAUUACCUAAGAAAUAUGAUGAUAUUUGUCUAGGGUUCCGCUGUAAAACAACAAAAGCCUGCAUAGAUUACGAUCGUGUUUGUGACGUGACAGAUGACUGUGGCGACGGAACUGACGAAGCUGACUGUGAAGCUCAGAACUUUAUUAAAACAGACUUUGAAAAUGGAUUGGGAGUUUUUAACUUACUUAUUGACAGCAGAAAAGCACCGAUAUCAUGGGAAAUCAAAGCAGGCAUUUCUCACAAUUAUGUAACUCAAAAAAGUGGACCACCUUUUGACCACACUUUAUCGAACACUGAUGGACAUUACCUCUCUAUGACCAAACGCAGGGAAGGUGGAAUGAACGAAAAAGCUUGGCUUGUUUCCGAUGUUCUUAGAAGUAUCGCCAAAGGAGAGUGCCAAAUGAGGUUUUACUACUUUAUGUACGGUAAGGAUGUUAAUCAGUUGAAUAUUUACACCAUUAAAGAACAAGGAGGAAGUUUUACUAGUUUGUGGACCCAAAGUGCUGCAAUUGGUAAUUUCUGGAUGAGAGGUGCUGUAUUUCUCAACGAUUCUAAUCCAUUCCAAGUCAUUUUAGAAGGCAAGUCUGGUCUUGAUACAGCAGAUGUGAUUGCUCUUGAUGACAUAUCAUUCACAGGUGGAUGCAGGCGGAUGGCUGGAGUAACUUUGCCACCAAAAGAAGUGACCGGAACUUAUCCUACAACAACACGAGAGCCAACAAAUUGCAGAGCAGACCAAUUCACCUGCAAGAAAGACAAACUCUGCAUUCCUUCGUAUCAGAAAUGUGACUUCAGGAAAGAUUGCUACGAUGGAAGUGAUGAAGAUGACUGUGUACAAAAGUCCUGCCAGUUUGAAAAUUCAGAGUUAUGUGGUUGGGAGAUAUAUCACAAGUUCAUUCAAAACAGCAGAAGAAAGAGACAAGUUGAAGAUGAUCAUGUAUACCAAUGGAUUGCUAUUCAAGCCAAAGAUGAUCAUACUAAGAUCAAUAUAAAAUACCGUCCAAAAGUGGAUCACACAACAAACACGACAGAGGGAUGGUACUUAAUGGCUGACGGUGCACCUGGCAUUGAAGGAGAUGUCACUUCAUUGGGAUCACCGGAAAUUUCUGCAUCUCACGCACUAUGUGCUCUGGACUUUUGGAUUUAUAGAGGAACUUCUUAUAACACGUUGAGCGUCUCAGCUGGAAAGGAUGGCUCUUUGCAAAAACUCUGGAGCGUAUGGGACGAUAUGCCAGGAUUUUGGGGAGCAAAAGGAUGGGAACAUGCCCGAGUACCAUUAGGUGCCCUGAACAAAUUUAUUGUACGCUUUGAUGCAGUGCGACCUCGAAGUCCUAACAGCAUAAUGUGUUUGGAUGAUAUAUCAUUCCAACAGUGUGAACCACCCGAAGAUCCUGACCCAGAAGAGGGCAGAUGUGACGGUGCUCAGUAUCCAUGCAAGAACAAUAAAUGCAUCGCUGAUAAUUUGCUGUGCGAUUUCAACGAUGACUGCAAUGAUUACAGUGACGAAAGAGAUUAUGUCUGCCAGGCUUUUGUGGGUCGUUGCAACUUUGAGGGAGCACCAUGUACUAACUGGCACUUCGAAAAUUCAGGCAGAGCUCAGUGGUCUAUUAUAAGCCCUAAAACGUACAAGUACUCUGGCGUACCUAAAACGGAUCAUACCACCAAGUCACUUAAAGGUCAAUUCCUAUCUGUUCCAUCAUAUUAUUACUCAAGUAAUUUAAAACCAAAGAUUCGUUCUGAUACUAUAGAUGGUCAGUCAACUGACUGCAAGGUUCGAUUCUGGUUCAACACUGUUAACUUCCCUCAUAAGAUAAAUGUUUAUAAGCGAAUUAGCUACGAUGAAGAUGGAAUGAAAUUCAUAGAUGCAUUCUACAGUGAUGUGAACAACUACUGGCACCGUGCAGAAUUGGAAAUUAAAAAUGUUGACAAAGUCGAUUUCCAGAUUGUUUUAGAAGCUGCUCUGGAGCCACGAAUGGGAACAGUAAACAUUGAUGACAUUUCAUUAACACCAGGAUGCCAUUAUGCUUCAGGUAGGGACAUUCCUGGAAAAGAAAUUACAACUUCACCACCAUUGGACGACUGUUACCCUAAGCUUUCUUGCAAAGACCAAAAAGGAUGUUAUACACAACUUCAAAAAUGCAACUUUAUUAAUGAUUGCCAGGAUGGCUCAGAUGAAGCGGAAUGCGGAACAUCUUGUGACUUUGAAAACAGUACGUGUGGCUGGUAUAAUCCAGUAGGCUACGCUACCCAAUGGCAACGUAAACAAGGAAAGAACAAGUAUUUUGGAGAGUUAAAGAAGGAUCGUCAUGGUUCAGGAGAGGGUUAUUUCUUGUCUGUUGAAAGAAAGGUGUCAGAAAGGGAAAUCGCUCAGCUACAUACACAGAUCUACGUAAUAUCUGGCAGCAAUUGUAAGAUGUCCAUGUGGUACUUCCUGGAUAACACACGAGGAGCAGAGCUGUCAAUAAUUCUGUUGCAUGACACUAAAAACAACAAGUAUGAAAGAUUGUGGAAUGAAACUAAAGAGACAGACAAACAAUGGAAAAGCGUAGAGGUUAACAUAGGUGUGCAACAUAAUUUUGCUGUUAUCAUACAAAAUGCUUUAGGAUCAUCAUACUUAUUCGCAAGCAUAGCUAUUGAUGAUAUCGAAUUUAAAACAUGUUCACCUGAACAUCCUCCUGAAGUUUGCCUCAGCGACGAAUGGAUGUGUUCGGAUAAAGAACAAUGCAUCAAAGUAUGGCAACACUGCGAUGGAAAAACUGACUGCAGAGACAAAUCUGAUGAAUUUGACUGUAAAUUAAGGCAUGGAGAUUGUGACUUUGAUAAAGAAAACUGGGAAGCCUUAUGCAAAUGGGAAUCAUCAGACAUGGAUUUUGACUGGAAGAGAGCAAAUGAAGGCAGGAGCAGUUUAACUGGACCGCAAAGACAUCGAAAUCCGACAAGAGAAGGUUACUACUUAUACAUAGACAGUUCAUUAGCAAGGAAAGGCCAGAAAGCUGGUAUAGCAACACCAUUCUUUAAUGCAAGCGAAGGCAAAUGUCAUCUACGUUUCUGGUAUUUCAUGAAAGGAUCUGACAGUUUAGGACCUCUGGAGGUCCGCAGUGAGGCCGAGAAUGGACACAGCGUGCCUGUAUGGAUCAGAAGGGGACCUCAAGAAGACAAGUGGUUGUAUGAACACACAAUGGUAGGACAUGACCAACGCUACAGAGUUGUCUUUGUAGCCACCAGGGGAGGAGACAACUUGACUGACAUAGCCAUAGACGAAGUCAGUUUCACAGAAGGAUGUGAAGAAGGAGGUGAAGCUAUUGUACCUACUGGAAAUCCCGCUGGUGAAUGUGGAAAGAAUGAAUUCCGUUGUGAUGAUGGUUCACAGUGUAUUCCUGAAGCUUUCGUGUGUGAUUGUGCACCAGAGUGCAAAGAUGGUAGUGACGAAUUACGCUGCAAAACGACAUGCUCCUCUACAUUACCACCAAAAGAAUGGACGACGGUGUCUCUUACAAGUCCAGUACCACCUUCUACUAUCUUGCCCCAGGGUCAUUGCAAUUCUACUCAGAAAGCUUGCGCCGAUGGUAAGACAUGUGUUCCUCACCUUUACGUGUGCGAUGGUGUGCCAGAUUGCCCAGAUGGAUCUGAUGAAACAGAUGGAUGCGGACGAGCACUGUUAUGUAAAGAAAAGUUCUAUUUCUGUAAUGAUCUUCUUGACCAACCUUGUAUUCACAGAGAUCAUAUUUGUGAUGACCAUGUCGAUUGUAGAGAUGGCUCUGACGAGAGUCUUUGCGGAACAUGUCCACCAGAUUUCUGCAAAAAUGGAGGAACAUGUAGUUUAGUCAAAAAAGUGCCAGUUUGCCAAUGCACUGAUGGUUAUGCUCAAAACAGAUGCGCCAAGAAACAAAUCAUUGAAAAACGAGACGAAUUACCGCUUCAAGGUGCUGGAAUUGGAUGGAUAAUUGGAGUUGUCGUCGGAACAUUAUUACUUAUCGCCAUUUUGUUUGUAAUUUGGUACAAAAGGGAUACUAACGCGGAACGAUCCAGACUAGGUCAUGCUGUAGAUAAUCCAGUAUAUGGUUUGAAUUUAGAUACGCUCACCUUCGGAGAACUGAACACGCAUAUGCCAGUAAGAAAUGAAGAUGGUCAAGGAGCAACUGCAAUUGAAAAUCCUCUCUAUUCCUUCAAAUCAGAAAUCAAAUGAUGACGUUUUUUUCUAGAUUUAACAAAAUCAUUCAUUAUUUCAUUCAAUUACGUGACAAAACACUCCUUAGAAAGAGUAUUUCAUUUUUAAAUACUCAAGAAACUAUCCUACGAGCUUAGGGAGUGCAUCGUCUCUGUGAUCUCAUUAGUUUGUGUGCAUCAUUUUAUAAGACUCAUUUGUAAAAAAUAUAUUGCAAUUUAAACAUUAAUAAAAGUAUUGUUGUACAUUUCAA